GUCACAUGACAUUACUUCCUGGAUCACAUUUGUUUGUGCAGCGGCCAAAAACAUGUUUUAUUUUUAUUGCAGGCAAUAACAAGCGGAAUCUUCCAGCAAAAUAUGACUGAAGGAGAAACGGCGUUAAAUAAAAUACAAGGAUAUAGCUAGACAAGUCAAUUAAAUCAAUAGAUGUACAUUUUCGCCGAUUGCGGUAACGUCUUCCGUCGAUAACAGAUACAUAUCCUGGCUAUCGUUAUCUAUGUCGUUAUUUGCUUGCUAGCUGGUUGCAUGUGUGUUAUAUUUGGCUAUAAAUCUAUAACUUAAAUAUAUAAACAACUGGCUAGCUAGACAAUGACAACCCCGAUACCGACAUAAUAUAUAACAUUUUUUUGUUGCUAGGAAGCUACUGUAGCUUGCUACUUGUAGCGAACCAAGUCCGCAGAAUAUAGCUAACGUUAGCUAGACAGCCUCCGAAAUAACGGGAAACCGGUUGUUGGCAAACUGCUGUUUCAGUAGAAAGGUUUUCUAUUUGAACUAAGCAGGACAUACAUAAUUGCUGUAAAGAAAAAUGUCAAAAUACACAAGUUUUCCGGAACCAGGCGACGACCACAACCCUUUCCAGGACCCUGCAGUGACUCAACACAGCAGCAACACUGAGUAUGCCACCCUGGAUCUUUACAACCCAUUUGACAAUAAAAAUGGGCCCCCACCACCAGCCUAUGCAGCAACUGCACCAUCCGCCCCCCAACCUGUUGUUCCUGCAACAACCCCACCCAGCAGGACUACACCCACAGAGCCCCGCAACUAUGGCACCUCCUUCACCCCCCAGACCGCGGUCAACGCCACCACAGCAGAGCUCCUGAGGAAGCAGGAAGAGCUUGAGAAGAAAGCCCGCGAGCUGGAGAGGAGGGAGAGGGAGUUGGACUCACACGCCCUCGGCCCUGGAGCCACUCGUCAGAAUAACUGGCCUCUGCCCACUUUCUGCCCUGUGGGACCCUGCUUCUACCAAGACAUCAACAUGGAGAUCAGCCAGAGCUUCCAACACACUGUCUCCAUCAUGUAUUACUACUGGAUGUUCACAGCCUGCACACUGGCGUUUAACUUAAUUUCCUGCCUGAGUCUGUUCUGUGUGGAGCCUUCUGGUGGUGUUGGGCUGGGCCUGGCCAUCCUCUGGGUCCUCCUUUUCACCCCCUGCUCCUUUGUCUGCUGGUACAGGCCUGUGUACAAAGCCUUCAGGAGUGACAGCUCCUUCAACUUCUUCGCCUUCUUCUUCAUUUUUUUCGUCCAAGUGAUCUUCUACGUCAUCAUGACCAUUGGCAUUCCUGGUUGGGGUUUCAGUGGCUGGAUUGUGAGUCUGGCUGCUCUGAAGACUAGCGUGCCUGUUGGUGUGAUCAUGAUGCUCAAUGCCAUCCUAUUCACUGCCCAGGCUGCCAUGGGGGUCGUCUUGCUCAAGCGGGUCCACUCUCUGUACAGGCAGACCGGUGCUAGCUUCGUGAAGGCUCAGGCUGAGUUUGCCACUGGAGUGAUGUCCAAUCAGGCUGUACGCCAGGCAGCUGCCAACGCCACUGCUUCUGCAGCUCAGGGGGCCUUUACUGGUGCAGCUCGGUAGAGAGAGGGAAGGCAAGCAAGUAGGACAAGGGAGCUAGUAGAGAGCGAGAGAGCGGUAGGUACAGUAUGUAUGAGGGUGUAUAGUACAAAAGAAUUAGGCAAGACUCAGGUGUUUUGAUAAAUUGUUUUGUCAAAGUAGGUGAAAGGGGUGGGACUUGAGUUUGUGAUGGAUGCACAGAAGUGAUGAUCCAUAUUUAACAGCCGAACGGUUCAAUUAUCUGUGGCCAAUGCUAUUAUGGUUGCUAACGUGAGCUCUAAAAAGUCAAUUGUCUUGAUAUCCCAAAUGAGAAUGCCUACCUAUUUACACACACUAUCUUUGCCAAAAUCACAACUGUAAAUGAGAAAAACACGAUGUUUUGGGUUGUAAUAUUAUUGCUAUUAUUAUAUUAUGUUGAUGCUGUAUUUGGUUGUCAUGGUCGCCAUUGUUCUUUCUUGGUUUUAAUAAAAAUCAGUUGAUAUGCUCAA